AUGGCUCCGAUCCCGGAUCUUGAGGAUACAUGGGAGAAAAUAGAGACAAUGCGGGCAGAGUAUGUCUGCCCCGUCGAUGUAUUCGGGGCGCACAUGCUCUCGGAUACAACAGAAACUCCAGAUGGUCGCUUCCGCUUUGCCAUAGGCCUUCUCCUGUCUGCCAGAAAUCUGGAUAGAGUAACCGCUGCCGCCAUGUACAAACUUAAUCAUAUGCUUCCAGUGCCCCCUGACGGCCUUGACAAAGAGCGUUUAAAGAAGCUCGAGGCAGAGUUUGAAGAAAAGACGAAGGGGCUGCAGAAGUCCACCAAAGCAGAAGCCAUGCUCAAGAAGAACUUUCCUAUCGAUAUUGACAACCUAAUGAAGCUUGAUGCGUGGAGGCUGACAGCGAAGAACGUGGUGGACUCUGGACUAGAUGAGUUGGGGAGGAUAAUCCAUCCAGUGGGCUUCUGUCGAAGAAAGGCAGAGUACAUGAAGAACGUUGCUCAGAUAUGCCUAGACAACUAUGGGGGCGAUAUUCCCAAGGACCUCGCGGGUAUUCUAAAGCUCCCCGGCUUUGGACCAAAAAUGGGGCACUUGUUGGUUCAGAUCGUCUAUGGCCAAGUCGAGGGAAUAGCAGUGGAUACGCACGUGUGCCGCAUAGCGCAGAGGCUGAGAUGGGUCGAAAAAGGAAUGUGUGAGCCUAACGGGAAGAUGCUAAAUCCAGAUGAUGUGGCCAAGCAGCUAGUCGAGACCUUGCCAAAGGACAAGUGGCGAGAUAUUAACCAUCUGCUUGUCGGCUUUGGACAAACCGUCUGCAAGGCAAGCUUCCCCGAGUGCAACCGUUGCUUAAUAGCGGGAACUGGUCAUUGCUAUCAUAAGUCAGAGACAAAGCCUGAAACAGGGACAGGGAAGCCUCGUAAUCGAGAACGAAGAGCUAAAGCAAGUAAGCGUGAAGCAGAAGAUCAGGGCGGCGCUACAGAUGAAGAUGAGUAA